AUGGUGUUCAAGAGGAAGUUAGAUUGCUUAUCUGUUGGCUUUAAUUACCCAAACAUUCCAAGAGCUCCUCGUUCAUGCAGGAGGAAGGUCCUGAACAAGAGCACCGAUGAUGACACUAACAUGUGUGGAAUGGACUUGCUCGCUUCUCUUGCUGGAAAGUUGCUGCAGGAAUGCGAGAGUUCCUCGGCGUCUUCCAAUGCAUUCGAAGGCAACAAUCUCGAGGGUUUCGGUAAAGAAAUCAAACAAGAACAAGAAGAUCACUACAAACCUUUUAAAUCCGAGUCUUCUGACCAAGGAAACUCUGUGUCAAGGCCUACUGCAUAUGAAAACGCUAGUGACAAGUGUGUGGUGAACAGCUUUUCAUUUCCGGACAGUGACGGCAUUUUGGAGCGAACUCCGAUGUCUGAUUACAAGAAGGUUCAUGGGUUGGUGGCGUCUGUAGGGUGUGAAGCCAAGAACGGGAACUGCGACUUUUACGUCAAAUCUGAAGGCAUCACUGCGGAGACGGGUGAUGUUAAUGUGAAUACUGGGUUUGAACAAGGAGAAGCAACCAAGGGCUUGGGAGAUGGAGGCUUAAGUACAACUCAUACUUGCAACGUAGAGGAGACAACUGCAUUGGGUGUGCAGUUUCCGAUAUCAGUCUACGUGGAUGGUGAUUUAAAAUCGCCAUCUUUCGUGAAUUUGACACCUAAUGGUUCAUAUGCUAGGCAUGGGAACCAUACUAACCUAGGUAGAGAUGAUGAUGAAAAAUUAUUUAGUUAUCAUAAGCUUAGCAAUAAAUUUAAGUCGUAUAGGUCUCCGACAAUUCGAAGAAUAAGAAAGUCGCUGUCGUCCAAAUACUGGAAGCAAGUUCCCAAGGAUUUUGGACACAGUAGAGCUGAUGUUGGUAUAAAGGCUCUUUACCGCAAAAGAAAAUCAUGUUAUGGAUACAACGCGUUUCAGCGUGAGACCAUUUAUAAGAGGAGAAGAUCAUCUGACAGAAGCUCGGUUGUAACUUCUGAUGGAGGACACAGUAGUGGAAGUGUUUCCAAGUUAGCUGAGAAGGGAGAUGCAGUAAAGCUAAGCAUCAAGUCCUUUAGGAUUCCAGAGCUUUUUAUCGAAGUUCCAGAAACUGCAACAGUAGGAUCACUAAAGAGGACGGUGAUGGAGGCUGUUAGUGUUUUACUCAGCGGUGGAAUACGUGUUGGGGUAUUAGUACAUGGGAAGAAGGUAAGAGAUGACAGGAAAACUCUGUCACAGAGUGGGAUCUCACGUGAAGAGAAUCUACGCAACCUUGGGUUCACCUUGGAGCCUAGUCCCAGCAAAGUUCCCGUACCUUUGUGUUCCGAAGAUCCUGUUGUGCCAGACGGACCUGCAAAUAUUUCUGAACGGUCUGCGGCUUCUCCCACGUUAGACUCUGGAAUUCCCCACGCCGACGACGUGAUUAAUGCAGGAAAUAUUGUGGAAAAUAACCUCGAAUUAGUUCCAUAUCAAAGUGACGUAUCUGUUGAUGAACCUUCAUCAGAUUUAAGAGCGCUUGUUCCACUUCCAGCCUUGGAAGUUAAGGCGCUUGCCAUAGUUCCACUGAACCAGAAACCCAAGCGUACUGAGCUUUCCCAGCGCAGAACGAGGAGACCUUUCUCUGUGGCAGAGGUAGAAGCACUCGUGCACGCAGUUGAGGAACUCGGGACUGGAAGAUGGCGUGAUGUGAAAUUGCGUGCUUUCGAGAAUGCAGAUCAUCGGACCUACGUGGACUUGAAGGACAAAUGGAAGACGCUGGUUCACACAGCAAGUAUAUCACCGCAGCAACGAAGAGGAGAGCCCGUGCCACAAGAACUGCUAGACAGAGUGUUGAGGGCAUACGGGUAUUGGUCGCAGCACCAAGGAAAACAUCAGGCGAGAGGAGCACCCAAAGAUCCAGACAUGAACAGAGGUAGAGCUCUUGAAUCAGGUGUUUCGGUGUAA